GACAGCGGAUCGUAAAGUAUUAAAGAACAGAAAAAGUACGAUAUAUGAUAAGAUUACAAUUGCUUUUAAUCAGCUGCAGUCAGAAGAUAAGUUUCACUCUUUUUUGGCGAGUCAACCGAUCAAGAUGCCAGCUUACAGGUGGCUUAGCCGAAGCGCAGGGCAAAGCAUGCCGCCCACUGCGGUUGUCGGAGGUCGUGAUAUAGAUGGAUCAACUAUCUAUGUCGGCAGAGCUUACCACGAGGGUGACAUGCUUCCGGCAAAAGUAAUCCCCGACAAAAGCGUUGCCUACGUCUGUCACAAUGGUGAAGAACACCCCAAACAUGACUUUGAAGUUUUGGCCCAAGGAGAGUUCGCAUGGGAGUUUUGCAGCAACGGAUCAGUCCCAAGCGAUGCGGUGAUGGCAGGACAGACAUCCGAUGGAGAACCUCUGUAUGUCGGCCGUGUUCUCCAUAAUGGAGCCCAAACAAUUGGCAAGGUUCAGCCCAGCCACGGAUGCUUAUACAUCCCCUUCGACGGUGAAGAACUGUCCUUCAAAGACUACGAAGUGCUCGUAAUUCAUUAAGUAUUACAAAACCAAGAUUACCUGAACGACUAUCACGUUUCAUUUAUAACAAUAUAUUUCAACCAAAAUUGUAUGCACUCAUCAAAAUAAGUGAGAAAAAUAAAUAAAUUAUAGCUCAUUCUCUUUUUAUAAA